CGCGCGCGACGCUAAUUGUUUUAAUUACCUCCCUCCCCCACGGGGCUCCCGGCCUCGGCCCGGCCUUUGUUCCGGCGCGGGCCCCGCCGCCGCCCACAGCGCGGCCGGGACGGGGCUCCCCGCAGGGACGGCUCCCCGCGCCGCUCCCGGGGGAUGCUGCUGCUCAUCGCGCCCAUCGUACGGCGUUUCCCGAAUCCUGAGGACCUUGCAAUAUGAAUAAUUCCCUGGAGAACACCAUUUCCUUUGAAGAAUACAUCCGUGUGAAGGCGCGAACAAUCCCUCAGCACAGGAUGAAGGAGUUCCUGGACUCCCUUGCUUCCAAGGGGCCUGAAGCUCUACAGGAGUUCCAGCAGACGGCCACUACCACGAUGGUAUAUCAGCAGGGUGGCAACUGCAUUUACACGGACAGCACAGAAGUAGCUGGGUCUUUGCUUGAACUUGCUUGUCCUGUUACAACCAGUGUCCAGCAGCAAACCCAGCAAGAGCGGAAAAUACAGGUCCAGCAGCCACAGCAGGUCCAGGUGCAAGUCCAGGUCCAGCAGUCGCCACAGCAGGUCUCCGCCCAGCAGCUCUCACCCCAGCUCACCGUUCACCAGGCCUCUGAGCAGCCAAUCCAGGUGCAGGUGCAGAUCCAGGGCCAGGCUCAGCAGCAGGCAUCACAGACCAUCCAGAGUCAGGCUCUACAGAGCCCAAGCCCCUCGCAGCUGCAGGCGGCUCAAAUCCAGGUGCAGCAUGUGCAGACGGCCCAGCAGAUCCAGGCUGCUGAGAUCCAGGAGGAGCACAUACAGCACCAGCAGAUCCAGGCCCAGCUGGUGGCAGGACAAGCUAUUGCAGGAGGCCAACAGAUCCAGAUCCAGACUGUGGGGGCGCUGUCACCUCCACCCUCCCAGCAGGGCUCCCCACGGGAGGGAGAGCGCCGCAUCAGCACCGCCAGCGUCUUGCAGCCCGUGAAGAAGCGCAAAGUGGAUAUGCCGAUUACGGUAUCAUAUGCAAUUUCGGGGCAGCCUGUUGCCACAGUGCUGGCCAUUCCCCAGGGCCAGCAGCAGAGCUACGUGUCUUUGAGGCCAGAUUUGUUAACAGUGGACAGUGCCCACCUCUACAGUGCCACUGGGACCAUUACUAGCCCCACUGGAGAGACUUGGACCAUCCCUGUUUACUCUGCUCAGCCACGCGGAGACCUCCAGCAGCAAAACAUAACCCACAUUGCCAUCCCCCAGGAGGCCUACAACGCCGUCCAUGUCAGUGGCUCGCCAACAACGCUGGCUGCUGUGAAGCUGGAGGACGACAAAGAGAAGAUGGUGGGGAGCACAUCUGUUGUGAAGAACUCACACGAGGAAGUGGUGCAGACACUUGCCAAUUCGCUCUUCCCAGCACAGUUCAUGAAUGGCAACAUCCACAUUCCCGUGGCCGUGCAGGCUGUGGCAGGGACAUACCAGAACACGGCGCAGACAGUGCACAUAUGGGACCCGCAGCAGCAGCAGCAGCAACCCACACCCCAGGAGCAGGGGCAGCAGCAGCAGCAGUUGCAAGUAACUUGUUCGGCUCAAACUGUUCAGGUAGCAGAAGUGGAGCCACAGCCACAGCCUCAGCCUUCACCUGAACUCCUGCUUCCAAACUCUCUGAAACCAGAAGAAGGGCUGGAAGUGUGGAAGAACUGGGCACAGACCAAGAAUGCAGAGCUGGAGAAGGAGGCCCAGAACAGGCUAGCUCCCAUCGGCAGGCGCCAGCUGCUGAGAUUCCAGGAAGAUCUGAUCUCCUCGGCUGUGGCUGAGCUAAAUUAUGGGCUCUGCUUAAUGACACGAGAGGCUCGCAACGGAGAUGGCGAGCCCUACGACCCAGACGUGCUUUACUACAUCUUCCUGUGCAUUCAGAAGUAUCUCUUUGAAAACGGCCGAGUGGACGACAUCUUCUCAGAUCUCUAUUACAUACGGUUCACCGAGUGGUUACAUGAAGUUCUCAAGGAUGUGCAGCCCCGGGUCACUCCUCUGGGUUACGUCCUCCCCAGUCACGUGACCGAGGAGAUGCUGUGGGAGUGCAAGCAGCUGGGAGCCCAUUCCCCUUCCACUUUGCUCACUACGCUGAUGUUUUUCAACACCAAGUACUUCCUCUUGAAAACCGUAGACCAACAUAUGAAGUUGGCCUUCUCCAAGGUCUUAAGGCAGACCAAGAAGAAUCCUUCCAACCCCAAGGAUAAGAGCACAAGUAUCCGGUAUCUGAAGGCACUUGGGAUACACCAGACAGGCCAGAAAGUUACAGAUGACAUGUAUGCAGAGCAGACGGAGAAUCCCGAGAACCCUCUGAGGUGUCCGAUAAAGCUCUAUGACUUCUACCUCUUCAAAUGCCCUCAGAGCGUGAAAGGCCGGAAUGACACGUUCUACCUGACUCCGGAGCCGGUGGUAGCCCCCAACAGCCCUAUCUGGUAUUCCAUCCAGCCCAUCAGCAGGGAGCAGAUGGAACAGAUGCUCACCCGGAUCCUGGUGAUACGAGAGAUUCAGGAAGCGAUCGCGGUGGCUAACGCCAGCACCAUGCACUAGGCAUCCGUCUCGGCUGGACGGGGGUGGGGGGGGCGAGGAUGGAUUGUACAGACUUUCACACUAAAGGAGAUGCCUACAUUUUGUUUUUUAUUGGUGUAGUUAUGAAGCCCUUUUAGGCUUCUUCUCUUUAAAAGAAUCUAAAAGGAAAACCUACCCUUUGUGUCUCCUACCGAACACGCUGAACUGUGGCACCAGUGGAGGCCAAUCCUGUGCGCAGGGAGCUGCGGAAAGCUGCCGGCCAACUGGCUUUUCUAUGAUGUGGAAAAUGGACGUGAACCAUAGGUUUGGUCAGGACGGCCGGGGCUCAGCGUCUCCUCGGAUCACGAGCAGAGUGAAUGAGGGCUGGACCUGCCCCGCUGUGGGAAGAGGCAGGUGUCUCUUCUGACCUCGCAUUUGGACGGUGCGUCGCCAUUGCCCUGGAGGACGAGGAGGAGAGUGAACUGCGAUUAUGAUUUAUUAAAAAUACAAUUUCUAUCCAAACCUUUAAGUGACAUUUUUAGAUGUUAAAAGUAAAAACUUUACCACGCAUUUCUUUUUUUUUUUUUUUUUUUUUUUUUGGCCCAGCUUGAGGCCUUAAACCUUGAGGCUCCCGUGCCUGAUGGAAUUCUUGUAACAUACACUUGUGUAUCAUAUAAAGAUACCACGCUGUUUCUCUUAUGUAUUCUUACUCUAGUUGUUUAUUAAGAAUGACGAGCACGUCUUUUCAACAUGCCGGUGAACAACGUGUCUUUAUUUGGGGAAGAGAGUGAGAGCCACGAGAGGGGGGCUUGCAAAAGGUUAGUGUCACCGGGUUGUUCUGGGCCUCUCUUCUCCCUCCACCCCUCCUGUGGGGAUGCCAUGUCCUCCUCUGUUUUGUGUCUUGGGUCGGUUUUACUCUUUGAUGCGGUAAAUCAGCUGUUUGGAAGCGCCGGUUUGCUGAUCGGACCCCAGCGUUGGGCCGCGAGCACAGGGUUCAUCCUCCCAGAUAAGAUUACUGGCGUGUCUAGUGUCCUGCCCCUGGGGGCAGCUAGUGCCUUCAGCUUGAGAGUCCGAGGUGACUGCUCUUCUACCUAGAUCAGCUAUGUGAUGGCUGAUGGGGUAGGGAGACGAGCACUGCACAGACUGUAUGUCACUGGCUUGCCCCAGGUGACAGCCCUGGAGGUUGGAACGUAAGCAGUGGUCCAUUUAAACUGAGCCCACAGCCCCUGCCUUGCUGCUGUUCAUGUCGGUCACCAGAAGUCUGCUCUUUUGCUGCAGGCAGGUAGACAGCUGUGCUCAUAGCGAGGUGUGAGGGAACUGCGCUUCCAGCUGCUGGGACAUGGAGACGGCUCUAGCUUCUUGAAUCUCUUCUCUUCUGCCUCUCUUCCCUGUCUCAUUUCUGAGAUGUGCUGGAAUUGGCAGAAGCUUCUCCCUUGGGGUUCAGACAGGGGUGGGUUUGGAGGCUCCCACUGGUCACCACCCUGUUCCCAAUUAGCAAGGAGAGCGUGUGCUCCUGUUCAGUGCCUGGAGGUCACUCGUGCUGGGGCAGAUGUCAGCCCUCAGCUAGGAGUGGCCCUCGCGUGCUGUCUGUGUUAGAAAAGGAGGUGUACAGCAUGGAAGAGUUUGGGGUGCUAUCAGAUGUGCCCAGGAACAAGAUAGUGAGGAUGUGAGUGAGGAAUCUGCUGCGAUAGAACCUGAGGGCUGUGGUCAGGGGAUGGGAAGUCAGGCCAUGCGCUGAAGUGGACUUGAUCCCUUGGUUAGUGACCAAAGCAAGCAGCAGAAUGGUAGUUUAAGUAGGGCCCUCUUCCCUCCCCAAGUACAGCUCGUCCCACCUAAUAGUAGGGAGAGGCUGUGUCUGGCUGAGCUAGUGCUGGGAAGGAGAGACCAGCACAUUCCCAAGCAGGGUGGUCCCUUUGGCUGGGGGCUUUCGGUGUCGGUGAUGCGCUGCAGUUGGUUGCAAGAUGCUUCUAUUCCCUCCCUGUGUUUUGGUGAUCAGAGCGGGCCUCUUUGCAGGCCCCACUGCUCUGUUCCUCAUGCUGGCUGGAUUUGAGAGGGAGUUAUCCUGCCUCCUGCCCAGAAGCCCAGUGACGCUGAGGGGGUGGCAUGCCCAGGAGGCUGCGCAAGAAUGCAGCUGCAGCUUCCCUGGCUUUCAGAGCAUGCAGGCCCGGGGUGAUCAGUCUGAGAGCAGUGCGAAGAUAAAAGCCAGGAGUGCAGGGGGGCAUUUCUGUUCCCUGUGAGCUGCUGAACAGAUGGGAUGGUCCCAUAUCUGGUUUGGAAAACCACAUAGAUAAUGCAACGUUGCAAGAGCCUGAAACCACUUGCCAAGCAUGAGAGGCUAGAAAUAGAGCAGUGAGGGCAGGUGCAGGCUCCGAGGGAGCAGGGACCUGCCAGCAGCACUGUGCUGAAACUGUACACCCCGCUGCACAGAGCCACUGCUCUGGCCUGGUGCGGGUGCAAGAGGGGAGGAGACCCCGAGUAGGGUUCCCAUCUGUCUUGAGGAGCCAGUUCUCUAGCCUGGGGUGCUGGCAGGCACAGGGGGCUGUGCAGACACCUCACUGGGUUUUGCCCUCCUGACCUGCAGAUUUUCCAUCGCUCGUCUUUGUCUUUCUGACCUUUGUGUGGAGGGCAGCCAUGCCCCUUUCAUUCCUUGUUUUAGAGACUACCGAUAUGCUGUGAUCUACGGGUGGGUUUUCUGGAACUUGUCUCUAGCCGGUGGCUGUGGAUCCGGUUUGAGAUCUACCUUAUUUCUUGAGAUCAUGUCUCCCAGAAGGGCUCCUAAGCGAGCCUGGCGGAGUGCUGUGGCCUGGAGUUGUGAGCCUGGUUGUGGGAAGGCUGUUCCUAGUUACACGGUGCAAAGUAGCCUGCUGCUUCCUCCUGUAAGAGCUGCAGCGUGAGGGCACUGGGUACCAGUCACGUGGCUGUUGCGGAGGUGUCUGCUCCCAGCGUCGGGCCCCUGCUUUGGCUUGCACAGGGGCUGUUUCAGCUUUCUGUCCCUGGCUGGCUGGCUGGCUAAGCUGAGGCGAGGCUGCCUUUGCGUCGCGUCCCUCUUGCGUUUGGACCAGGAGAAACCAUAGCAAGCGUGACUGACCCGUGUGCGUUCCUUGCCGUCUCGUGUCUGACCUGCAUACGGCCCGGUCCCGUGCUGCUGCUCCUGCCCCUCUAACCGCCCUGGGGCCUGCUGUGCCCUUAGACCCUUCCUUCCUUUCUGAGGACGCGGGGUUGCUUCCCUAAGGCUGCAGUAGCCCAGGCCGCGGCGCGGGGAAGCCCGUAGAGGGGCCGUGUCCCUGUACCCGUGGAGGGGUUGGUGCAGGAAGCUGCCUGGCGCUUGGGACAGCUAGGGCAGGACAGGCCUGGUGCUGGGGCCGCCUCGCAGCGAGCAUGCAGCCCUCGGCUCCCGCCAAGUGACCUUCGGCGCUCUGGCGGCUUGGCCCGCCUUACUGCUCCCGCCCCGCAGGUGGUUUGCAAGAUGCACUUGACUAUUUUUUACGUUCCUUUGAUCUCUGCUCUUUGUAAUCGGCUUGGAAAUAAAACAAUUGUUUCCCCGCAGCCUUUGUCCGACUCUG